AUGUCCAACUUCCUCAGGACAGGUCGAAAGAUCGUAGCCAUCGGUCGUAAUUAUGCUGAUCACGCCAAAGAGCUGGGCAAUGCCGUACCAAAGGAACCCUUCUUUUUCUUGAAACCAACUUCAUCGUACAUCUCCCCAGGUGAAGGCCCAGUGGAAAUUCCAAAAGGAGUUGAUAUGCACCAUGAAGUGGAGCUUGGUGUAGUGAUUGGUAAGAACGGAAGGGAUAUCUCACAGAAAGACGCGGAGAGCUAUAUCGCUGGAUAUACCCUCGCGAUCGACCUGACAGCUCGGAACGUCCAAAACGCAGUCAAAGCCAAAGGUCUCCCAUGGUCAACUGCUAAAGGUUUCGAUACCUUUUGUCCCGUCGGCCCAUUCAUACCUAAAUCGAAAAUCCCAGAUAUUACCCAAGUAGGACUCCAUUUCACCGUCAAUGAUAUACUCAAACAAUCUGGUACACCCAAGGAUAUGAUCUUCCCGUUACCCAAGUUGAUAGAGUUCGUUUCCGGGAUUAUGAAAUUGGAGGAAGGGGACUUGAUCCUCACUGGUACUCCAGCCGGUGUUGGACCCAUCAAAGCGGGAGAGAAGUUCGCUGCCAAGUUGACUUACCCUGGAUUAGAAGGGGAGGUGUUGAGCGAAUAUGCAUUCGAAGCUGUUGAUCGACAAGGAGGAUACGAGUUCAAAGCUUAG